CAAAGAGAAGAUGAAAGGAGUAAUCAAUAACUUCAUCAUUGUAUGGAGCGUAGCAAUAACAUUGUUUCUAUAUAGCUACAUAAUAGGAAAGAUUGUUCCCAAUGGAAGAGGAAGACUUGUAGCCCUUUUCCCACCCACACUCAUACUUCUCCUUCUUCCUAUUUGGCAAACUGACGCCCACUUAAUAAUUUAUUCUACAUUCUGUCUUUCUUGGCUUUCCACUUUUAAGCUUCUCCUAUUUGCCUUUGCUAAAGGUCCUCUCUCAUCAAACCCUCCUCCUUCUCUCUUUCAAUUUCUCCUCAUUUCCUCUCUUCCCAUCAAAUUUCAGUACAAAAAUCAAAAUCAAAUCAAAUUCAAACUCACUUCUUUAAAUAAGCUCGAGUUACUAGUCAUGUCCAUUCUCUUAUAUUUUUUUGUUCUUCCCUAUGAGAAGAAAGAAGGUUUCCGUCCAUUAAUUUUGACGUUUAUAUAUUUUGUCCACUUUUAUUUCGGAUUAGAAUUAACUUUUGCCAUUAGUACUACAAUUGCUCGCAAAAUUUUACAACUAGAUCUGGAGAAACCUUUCGACAGACCCUAUCUAAGUGCAUCACCGAAAGAAUUUUGGGGAAAAAGGUGGAACGUUAUGGCCUCACGUAUCCUACACCCGUCUGUAUACAAACCAAUGGUGAACGCAUUUAGCCAUGUCAUAGGGAGAAAGUGGGCUUCAAUCCCAGCCGUGGUGGUUACAUUUAUAGUAUCAGGAUUGAUGCAUGAACUCAUAUACUAUAACUUAAAACGCAAGAAUGUAACGUGGAAAGCUUGGGAACCAUGUUGGGAUUCAAUGAGCUACUUCUUCAUCCAUGGGGUAUUUGUGGCUCUUCAAAUUGCAUACAAGAAGACCUUCAAACCGAAACAACAAUUAAUGCCUACGAUUGUGUCUCGCACUCUAACAUUAGCCUUCGUUAUGACUACAACAUUAACUCUCUUCAUCCCGGCUUUUAUGAGGUCCGUUGGAAGAUAAUUCACAUAAAAAAGCUAGAUCUAUUGCAUGUAUUUUAAUUUUGGCUCAAUUAUAGUUUUAGCCCCCUACUUUAAAAUUACUCAAUUUUAGUCCCUUGUCUCUAUUUUUAUAAUAAAAAAUGAUGAUGUAGCAUGUUUUAA